UGUGUGUGUUCAGGGGGGCUGAGCCAUCUGCAGGCUCUGCGCCUGGAUCUGGGACAUGCACACACACAACUUUAGUUUGACCACAAAAGUGCGGCGCUGCGCUUUCGCUUCGGCUCGUUCCUGAGUAUUACGCACGGUUCCCGGCGGAUGCUUUCCAUUUGCGCUUGAAAUACCUCCCCACACUUCUUCUCCUUCUUCUUCUCCGCACACGGGAUAUGUCGAGAGGCGGAGGCGUUUCUUCUUCCACCCCAAGUUGGGACUCCUCCUGACGCGCCAUGGCAUGAAGCUGCUACACUAUUGUGGACGUCAUUGAAUUCUCCAAGAGGCCUGCACUUCAUUGCUUUUUUUUUUUUUUUUUUUCACCGAUCUGAACGAGCGAUCUCGCCCGAGGCGACGCAGUGGGCAGCCCCGCUCCCAGACUUUCCGCUCGCUGACCGUGAAAACACCGCCGCCAACAUGCAGACCUCGUCGCUCCGCCGGCAGAUGAAAAACAUGGUCAACAACUACACGGAGGCCGAGGUCAAGGUGCGCGAGGCCACCUCCAACGACCACUGGGGCCCGCCCAGCUCGCUCAUGUCCGAGAUCGCGGACCUGACCUACAACGUGGUGGCCUUCACCGAGGUCAUGGGAAUGAUCUGGAAGAGGCUCAACGACCACGGGAAGAACUGGCGCCACGUGUACAAGGCGCUCACCCUCCUGGACUACCUGAUCAAGACGGGCUCGGAGCGCGUGGCGCAGGAGUGCACCAAGAACAUCUUCACCAUUCAGACACUGAGAGACUUCCAGUACAUCGACCGGGACGGACGCGACCAGGGCAUCAACGUCCGGGAGAAGGCCAAGCAGCUGGCGGCCCUGCUGAAGGACGACGACAAGCUGAAGAAGGAGAGGACCCAGGCCCUGAAGACCAAGACGCGCAUGGCGGGGGUCACCAGCAGCGCCGGCUCGGCGUCCAUGCCCCCUCCGUACCCGGGACGCAGCUCCGGAGGCUCGUCGGUGUACGACGAGUACGGCAGGUGCAGGGAUUCGCCGUCCUCAUUCCAGCCGUCUUCCUCCUCUCCUCAACUAGCUCCAGACCUGGAACAAGCUCGGCCCGCCACCAGCGGAGAAGAGGAGCUGCAGCUGCAGCUGGCCCUGGCCAUGAGCCGAGAAGAAAGUGAAAAGCCGCCUACUACAGUGGAUAUUGACGAACAGACACAGCUCCAGAUCGCUAUGACCCUCAGCAAGGAGGAGGCCCAGAAGCCAGCUCCACGUCCGGCACCCGGCACGGCGGACAUGGACGAGGACACCCAGCUCCAGUUGGCCCUGAGCCUCAGCAAGGAGGAGCACCAGCAGGAGCAACUCAGUCGCCAAGGAGAUGAAUCUCAGCUCCAGAAAGCUUUGGAGGAGAGCAAACGAGAAAUGCAGUCGAAAGGCGGGACGGCCUUUAUGGACCUGGUAGAUGUUUUUGCAGUGCCGACGGAGCCGCCGCCGAGUGACCAUCGCUGGAAUAAUACUCCCCAGCCGGCAGCCGCUGCCGCUGGAGGCACCGACCCCUGGGACUCGUUGGAAGGAAGCGGCUUCGUCCCAAGAGCGGACUCUCCCUGGAUGGUACCUCCGCCCUCGAACAGUCCUCCUCCGCCGUGGGAGCCGCCGGCCAACCCCUGGGACGCACCGCCAAACAAUGUCUCCAGCCUCAACUCUGCAGGCGGAGUGUGGGCCUCGAGCACAGUUUCCUCAGGGGUCGAUCCGUUCUCGGCUCCAUCAGAAGGAACGCCUUUCAGGGAACCUGCUGCACGAACUGGAAGCCCCUCAGACGGGGAUCUGUUCGAUGAGGCCAUGGACGGCGGCAUGCAGAACAUGAACGGGCUCAGAGACGACAGCCCAGAACUCUUCGACCUGACCCGUCUCGGAGAAACCCUGGCCGACCCCGUCCCUCGCACGUGUCGGACCCCCGAAUCUUUCCUGGACCCCACGGCCGCCUCUUUGGUGAACCUGGACACUCUGAUCCCGGUGAAUCCACAGGCGACGGCCAAGAACCCCUUUUUAUCAGGAGGCCUGAAUGCCCCUUCAACCAUCAACCCGUUCCAACCGGAGCAGCCAAAACUCAGCCUGAAUCAGAUGGCCCCUCAGCCCUCCUCUUUACCGUACAGCACCUCCUUGCCCCUGCCGAUGAGCCACCAGGGCGCCACCCUCCCGUCGUCGAUCACCCACCCCACGCAGCCCGGCCUGGACCUGCCGGGGCCGCUCCCGGAGCCCCUGCUGCCCUUCUCCACGUCCAGCGCUCAGGGAUCGCAGACGGCACAGAGCAGUCAGAACCCGUUUUUGUGAGGACCAGCCGAAUCGGAGCAGACAUCUUUUAAAAAGGGGAACGCCGUCAUGUUAUACGUUAUUGAAAUGUCACUCUUAACUGCGGGCCGAACUGCAGCAUCCCAGGACUUGUACAAUAAACCAUUCCUAGGUGUUUUUAUAUUGUUGUGCGAUACGGUAACAGAUGGAUUCUAGAUGGUUCUGCGCCUCACAGCUACAACAUAUCCUGCUUCUAUUUUAACGAACGCAGUUAUGAUGUGUCAGACAAAUAACACAUUUUUACCUAAAUCUUUUACCGUCAUGUAAAUCCGCUUCAAGACCAUAACCUGUUAACUAAUCACUACAAAGUACACAAAAGCACAGAUUAGACUUUGUCGUCAAAAAACUCAGCAAUAGAUAGUAGGCAUGUGUGAUGGGCUCAGUUGACCAAUCUUUGCGAAAUGUAUCUGAAAAGACAAUUUGUUUGUGGAGGUGAAAGGGAAAAAAAGCUAGUAAACACCUGUCCAGUGCCUGAAUCGUGACUGCAUCAACACAGUUAACCAUGCGGAGCCCCGAUUGGAGCAGAACUGAUGAAAACAAGAUCAGCGUAUAUGCAAUUUUACUAUCAUGAAAUCAAUUGCUGAAGGAAAUUCCAGUUUGGAGAGACUGUUAAAUGCUUCUGAUUUCACAGGAAACAAGGCGGCAUUGCAAAAUGAAUGAAUGAGUUUUAUUACUUGCUUGUGAACCACUGAUUCUCAUCAAAUACAAGGGUAUGAUUAUAACACUGUUUCAUUCUUCACAUUUUGUCAUUCCUCUUGGUAUUCUCACGUUUCAUAUGAAAUCAUCACAAAUGAGGCACACACCCAGCAACAGUUCCUGUGUUUGUCGUGCAUGUUUCCCCCUGCUGGUGAUAAAUCACUGUCGUCACUAGCUCUGCUUUCAGUGCAGCCCUACACAAAUUCACUCUAAGAAAUGAUACAGAAUCUUUCUGUUC